AUGGGCCGAGGAGGAUACAACACCCCCGAGACUACAGCGCCGAAGCCCGCGCAGCCGACUUCAUCCUCUCGUUCCCUAUCUCUCUCGCUGUCGCUGUCACCUCUUUCUUCUGACCCGCUGCUGCUGCAGGGCCGUGGCGGGUACAACGAGCAGCAACCCGUCGCAGGGGCGUUGUAG